AUGUCGUGGUCGAAGGCUUGUAGAGGGAGUCGAGUUUCUUCAUAUCUAGAGAACCUGCAUCGAACAUCGCAUUCUACGAGGACUGUUCCUCACGUUUUAUGCUCUCGUUAUUACACUCAUGGAGCUUUUAAAGGCAAUGAGCAUAAUCUCCGAAGAAAGACAGUGUUUUGGGGAAACACUUCUUUGUUUUGCCCGUCUAAUUCCCACUCUGCUACUGCUACGUCGAUGUUGCUCGGUGCCCAUCGCCAGUAUUCUACUCACUCUAUAACAGAAACCAAAUCAAAGAAAAUGCUCUAUUACCUCACUGCUGUUGUCUUUGGCAUGGUGGGGCUGACUUACGCAGCUGUGCCAUUGUAUAGAACAUUCUGCCAAGCUACUGGAUAUGGAGGUACUAUUCAACGCAAAGAGACUGUUGAGGAAAAGAUUGCUAGGCAUUCAGAAUCUGGUACCGUCACUGAAAGGGAGAUUGUGGUGCAGUUCAAUGCUGAUGUUGCAGAUGGGAUGCAGUGGAAGUUCACUCCAACGCAAAGAGAGGUGAGAGUAAAGCCAGGAGAAAGUGCACUCGCCUUUUACACUGCGGAAAACAAAAGUUCAUCUCCCAUAACCGGAGUCUCGACAUACAAUGUCACUCCCAUGAAGGCAGGAGUUUACUUUAACAAGAUACAGUGUUUUUGCUUUGAGGAACAGCGACUUCUUCCCGGCGAACAAAUCGACAUGCCGGUCUUCUUCUACAUUGAUCCAGAGUUUGAAACCGAUCCAAGAAUGGACGGAAUCAACAACUUGAUAUUGUCUUACACUUUCUUCAAAGUGUCCGAGGAAACUACUAAAGAUACGGACAACAAUAACAGCUCCUCUGUCGCAGCUCAAGAAACCACUUAA